AUGUAUUCAAACAAUUUUAAAUCUCUGCAAGAUCACUCUCUAUCCAAGGAUAAGCUUAUCUAUUCUUUAGAUAGUUUAAAUACAUAGCCAAAAUCAAAAUAAAAAUAAAUCUUAUAGAGAUUUUACUAAACUUAAAAUUUUAGUAAAUUAAUCAAUCAAGGUCAAAAGAAAUUAUCUACAAAAAAGGAAGUAUUCUCAACUAACAUUAUUCUUAAUACUACAUUAAGGAAUGUUACUCCAAAAAUUAAUCACAUUAAUUAAGAAGUAUCUCUUAUAUUAAUAUAACUCUAGUAUUAUUUUUCCAAACAAUAGUAAUUAUAAACUACUGUUAGAUAACCAGAGAAAAUAAGCAAAACGCUUUAAUCAGUGUUGAACAAACCAAAUCAGAAUUUUAAUCAAGAAUAUUCUAAUAACAAAAUAGGCUAAAUCAACACAGAUAGAAAGCAUAAUUUAAUAUCUUUAAAUUCCACCAAAUUAAUUCAAAAAAGAAAAACAGAAAAUUAAGAAUAAACAAUAACCAAAGAAAAAAAUAAUUACAAAUUAAAUUCUCCUCUUCUUAUUAGUUUAGAAGAUGUUGUCACUCAAGUCACAACACAAAAUCUUUCAAAGUCUAAGAUAUCACCUUUCGAAUAAGCUAAAUCAUUAUCUCCACCAAAUAAAGAAUUAUCUCUUAAAAAGAAAAGUAUUUAUUGUGUAUAAUUUAGAUAACAUCUACUAUGUCUCAGCAAUGUGUGAAUCAAUGAUAGAUGACACCAAUCCUAUGAGUUAAAUAUUUUAGGAUCAUGCAAUCUAAACUUUCAACAGCAUAAAUUUUUGUUUGAACUAAUAGGAAAAAGACUUACAUUAGAUACAAGAAAAAAUGAUAAAAUGGCCAAAGCAAAAUACAAAAUGUAAAUAAAAUCUUAGAUUCAAGUUAAUAAAACAAUUGUUUUUGACUUAGAUGAAACAUUAAUACACUGUUAUGAAAAUAACACAACAAAACCAGAAAUUUUAUUGCCCAUAACUUUUCCUUCAGGAGAAAUUGUAAUAGCUAAUAUAAAUGUUCGUCCUUGGGCAAAAGAAAUAUUAUUAAAAUUAUCCGAAGUUUGUGAAGUUGUAAUAUUUACAGCAUCUCAUAAAUGUUAUGCAUAAUAGGUUAUUGAGUUGCUAGAUAAGUUUAAAGUAGUAUCUGCAUCAUUAUUCAGAGAUCAUUGCUAAAUCACAAGUGAAGGAGUCUAUAUUAAAGAUCUUCGAAUAUUAGGAAGAGAUAUGA